CGCGCGCGCCCGCGCAGCGGCCCCUCAGGUACGCGGACAAGAUGGCGGCGGUAGCGGGGGACAGCGCUAUGGAGGUGGUGCCGGCGCUGGCCGAGGAGGCCGCGACCGAGGCGGCGGGCCCCAGCUGCCUGGUGCAGCUGCCGGGCGAGGUGCUGGAGUACAUCCUGUGCAGCGGCUCCCUCACGGCGCUCGACAUCGGCCGCGUGUCCAGCACCUGCCGUCGGCUGCGCGAGGUGUGCCAGAGCAGCGGCCAGGUGUGGAAGGAGCAGUUCCGGGUGAGGUGGCCCUCCCUGAUGAAGCACUACAGUCCCACCGACUACGUCAAUUGGUUAGAGGAGUAUAAAGUUCGGCAGAAAGCUGGGUUAGAAGCCCGGAAGAUUGUAGCCUCCUUCUCCAAGCGGUUCUUUUCAGAACAUGUUCCUUGUAACGGCUUCAGUGACAUUGAAAACCUUGAGGGUCCGGAGAUCUUCUUUGAGGAUGAGCUGGUGUGCAUUCUAAACAUGGAAGGGAGGAAAGCUUUGACCUGGAAAUACUACGCAAAGAAAAUUCUUUACUAUCUGCGGCAACAGAAAAUCCUAAACAACCUCAAGGCUUUCCUGCAGCAGCCUGAUGAUUAUGAGUCCUAUCUUGAAGGUGCCGUGUACAUUGACCAGUACUGCAACCCUCUCUCCGACAUCAGCCUCAGGGACAUCCAGGCCCAGAUCCACAGCAUCGUGGAGCUUGUGUGCAAAACUCUGCGUGGUAUUAACAGCCGCCAUCCCAGCCUGACCUUCAGGGCAGGUGAGUCCUCCAUGAUAAUGGAGAUAGAACUGCAGAGCCAAGUGCUGGACGCCAUCAACUAUGUCCUCUACGACCAGCUGAAGUUCAAAGGGAACCGCAUGGACUACUACAAUGCCUUGAACCUCUACAUGCACCAGGUGUUGACCCGCAGAACAGGGAUCCCCAUCAGCAUGUCUCUGCUAUACCUGACCAUCGCCCGGCAGCUGGGGGUCCCACUGGAGCCUGUCAACUUCCCAAGCCACUUCCUCCUGAGGUGGUGCCAAGGCGCAGAAGGGGCAACCCUGGACAUCUUCGACUAUAUCUACAUAGAUGCUUUUGGGAAGGGCAAGCAGCUGACGGUGAAGGAGUGUGAGUACUUGAUUGGUCAGCAUGUGACCGCAGCGCUGUACGGCGUGGUGAAUGUGAAGAAGGUGCUGCAGCGGAUGGUGGGCAACCUGUUGAGCCUGGGCAAGAGGGAAGGCAUUGACCAGUCCUACCAGCUGCUCAGAGACUCCUUGGACCUAUACCUGGCAAUGUACCCAGAUCAGGUGCAGCUCCUGCUCCUCCAGGCCAGACUCUACUUCCAUCUCGGCAUCUGGCCAGAGAAGUCUUUCUGUCUUGUCUUGAAGGUGCUUGACAUCCUCCAGCACAUCCAGACCCUCGACCCCGGGCAGCACGGGGCAGUGGGUUACCUAGUGCAGCACACACUAGAGCACAUUGAGCGCAAGAAGGAGGAGGUGGGCGUAGAGGUGAAGCUGCGCUCUGAGGAGAAGCACAGAGAUGUCUGCUACUCCAUUGGGCUCGUUAUGAAGCACAAGAGGUAUGGCUACAACUGUGUGAUCUACGGUUGGGACCCCACCUGCAUGAUGGGCCACGAGUGGAUCCGCAACAUGAAUGUGCACAGUCUGCCUCAUGGCCACCAUCAGCCUUUCUACAACGUGCUGGUGGAGGAUGGCUCCUGCAGAUACGCAGCCCAAGAGAACCUGGAGUACAACGUGGAGCCUCAGGAGAUCUCUCACCCAGACGUGGGGCGCUACUUCUCAGAGUUCACGGGCACGCACUACAUCCCAAAUGCAGAGCUGCAGAUCCGGUACCCUGAGGACCUGGAGUUUGUGUACGAGACGGUGCAGAACAUUUACAGUGCAAAGGAUGAUGCGGCCGAGUAGACUCCAGGGACAUCACACCUUUGCUGCUGCUGCUGCUGCUGCUACUGCCUUCUAGGGGAACAGGAUUCCUGAAGGACGCGUGCUGGUCCCCUGGAGUUAGCACAGGACAGCCACUUCACCAGCAGCCUUGGCUGCCCCUCUCUAGAUGGUGUGUGCUCCUCCGGCCACAGAGACAGCGCUGCUCUCCGCUACACUAGUGAAUCAGUUGAAAGGCACCGUGUCCAGUGGCAUGGCUUGUCUGCUUGUCCCGUGGUGACAGUGUGUGACAUUCUGUCUUCAUGAGGUUUCACUGUCCACACUCUGUCCUUUGAUCCCUUCCCAUCCCUGUCUCCAUUCACCUUGUGUCAGCGUCUCUCCGGCUGGACAGCCGGUCCACAUUUCCUGCUCUCUCUGGAACCUGGGCACCCUGAGUCAGGACCGCCUGCCCCUUUGCCUUGAGUUUGGUUGUAUUCAGAUGAAGGCAUGCAGAUGGGACUCAGAAUGAUUAGAAUUAAUUGUUGUGCUAAUACAUGAAACACACAUGUAAGUGUUCCUUUUUCCCCCCCUUCACUUUAAAUUGGGAGAAGGAACAGCAGCGUCUCCCUUUCCUCCCAGUGGGGUCUGUGCACAUUUCUGCCCAUCGUGAGCUUUCGUCUUACUCCGUAGGUUCCCCGAGCAGAUGCACAGCAAUGGCCUUUCCCAGUGAUGGCCUCCACAUUCAUCAGCUGCUCCUGAAAUGUGAUGACUACUCUUUUCAUUUAGGAAUCUGCCCCAGGGUCCUGAGUGGAUCGUGAGUCCGUCACAGGUCCGUCCCUAGUGAGGCCUGCAGACCGGAUGCAAAGGGCUCUGAAAACUUGUAGCUCCUGGUCCCCAAAGACCAAGAGAAUGGAUUGUGUUCCGAUCAGGAAAAUGAACUAGAAGCCUAACCCCCCUUUCACCCCUUAGGGUCACAUCAAGACCCUCAUUUUGAGAGUGUAGGGCUUAUGGAAAGAGGCGUCCAGUCUGAAGGCUCCAGGACACUGUCUCCAGGAUGAGGUCUAGCCUUGGGUCACCCUGGCUUCUGCCUGAUGCUUUCGGUGAGUGUGAAAGGACCGGCCUUUUAGCAGAUCCUAGCAGGGGACUACCUGGUUCUCAAGCAAGCUGUCCUGUAGGUAAUUACCCACUGGGCCGAUAGCACUUGCUCCCUGAAUUAAAAUGCCGUUGCUCUAGUAAAUGGGGCUUUAGGGGGCCGCCUGCCUGCCUCGCCUGCCUGCCUGCCUUCUGCAUGUGUAUUCUCACAGCGCUCUAGAUGACUGUCUUGACUGCCCUGCAGCAGCCCCAGGAGGACAGGGGAGACCACCCAUCAGGCAGUCUGUAGAAGGAUAGGAAGCCUGGGGCUCUUACAGCCGAUACGGCUCUUGUCCAGCGUCCCUGUAUCACCAGUAAGAACUCAGGCGGGUUUGACCUCGCAUUUGGAAGUUGGACUACUCAGAGCAUCUGCCUGAGGUUGGAGGAUUUUACUACUAAUUUCAAGGUGAAAAUCAACCCACACAGAUUCAACCAUUACUAAGCAGCCACGGAGCAUGCUGGGAGUUCCCAUUGUUGGUUUUCUGCUUUGAUUUCCUUUUUUGUAGAGAAACAUCAAAGCUGGGAAAGAUGGUUUCCCUCCCUGACCUGACUGUAAAUAUGUACCUAGACUGUUUCUAAACGCGUUUCCUCACAAGGCUUCGUUUGGCUGAGGGAGCCUGUGUCACCCUUGUAAGUUGGUAUUUGGGCACUUUAUAUUUUUCUAAAAAUGUGUUUUGGAUCCUGUACUCUAAUAAAUCAUAAGUUUCUUUUUAAAA